GACCGAAACUCCUCUAUGUGCUUGACGACGUUGAGACACGACAUUGAGUUACCGAAUAAUAUUCCAAAGUUAUUAAUGGAAAAACAUGCAAACUAUCUCAUUUCAUAUGGGGCCAACAAAGAUGAAUAUACCUACUCACAGACUGAGCAUAUGAGGAUGUCUGGCAUGUACUGGGGUCUUACCGCUCUCGAUUUAAUGGGAAAGCUAGAACAAACCAAUAAGGACGAAGUGCUAGAAUUUAUUGGACAAUGUCAAAGUGAUAGCGGUGGCAUUAGUGCUAGUAUACAACACGAUCCACAUUUACUUUAUACACUUAGUGCAGUUCAAAUAUUGUGUAUGUAUGAUGCGUUGGAUGUAAUAAGCGUCGAUAAAGUUGUGAAUUAUGUCAAAGAGAGACAACAAGCAGAUGGAAGUUUUGUGGGUGACCAAUGGGGCGAGGUGGAUGUCAGAUUUUCUUUCUGUGCCGUUGCUACUUUGUCAUUAUUGAACCGUUUAGACGCGAUAGAUGUUGAGAAAGCAGUACAAUUUGUAUUGAAAUGUAUGAAUUUUGAUGGAGGAUUUGGCUCAAAGCCAGGAUCUGAAAGUCACGCUGGUUUAAUUUAUUGUUGCGUUGGGUUGCUUUCGAUCACAGGGCAUCUGCAUCUGAUAGAUGCUGAUCGUUUGGGUUGGUGGUUAUGCGAGAGACAAUUACCUUCUGGUGGUUUAAAUGGCAGACCUGAAAAAUUACCAGACGUAUGCUAUUCUUGGUGGGUGCUAUCGGCGCUAACAAUUUUAGGUCGUCUUCAUUGGAUAGAUAAAAAAGGCUUGGUGGAUUACAUUUUAAUUUGUCAAGAUGUCGAAACUGGUGGUUUCAGUGAUCGGCCCGGUGAUAUGGUUGACCCUUUUCAUACUUUGUUUGGUCUUACCGCGUUGUCAUUGUUAGAUAAGAACUUUUCGUUAAAACCAAUAAAUCCUACUUAUUGUAUGCCAGAAUAUAUAAUCGAUCGUUUAGGUCUCAAGCCAUCGCGACUCGAUGCAUGAUUAUAUAUCUGAUAGAUACGCUUUAUAAUAUAUAUUACUCUUUGUUGAAUAUAUGAUUAUAGAUUUUUUGUAAUAUAUAUCUUUAAAUUUUUAUUCGAUAAUCCCAAAUAUUGUAACUGUAGUGAUGAAAUUAUCACUUUUAUAUGAAAGAUACUUGUCUCUAAUAAAUCUCUCGUUAAAAGUAUUCAAUUAAUUAAAGACAAUCUUAAUCGGUCAUAGCUGGGUUUAUUGAUUUACACAUUGAUAUUUCUUGCGUGAUUUUGUAUACCUUUCCAAGUUUAUUGAAAUAAAUUUUUGAUCUUGAAACAAUUUUAAGUUGACCGAGAAUAAUAACAUCGUAAUAUUUAAAGGUAUAUAAUUGAAAAGAUAUAUAAAAUUACACAAGAGAGAGAAAUAUCGACACAAAAAUUUUCAUAUAAUUGAAUAAGGUUCAUCUUUAAUUGGUUUACUUUUCAUAUAUUGGUCUAUAUUUUCUUAUUAUUAUUCAUUACUCGCGUCUCAAAUAGGAAUACAUGUAAUUUGUUUAAUAUCAUUUAUAUUCUGUGCGGUGCACGCGAUAAUUUCUACAAUACAAUUGUUUAACACAAUAUGUUAAAGCAGUCAAGCAGUGGCAAUGAAAAUUCAGCCAACUUCCGACAAAUAACAUCAACUUCGCUUACUGCAAAUUUAAAAGAUAACAAAAUUUCAACUCUCACAUGAAUGUAAAAUUUUGCAUAUUUGAACUGCACCAAAUAAAUUUUCUUUAUUACGGAGAAUAAUCAAUGUAGUAAUUAUAAUAUUAAAAUUAAAAUUUUUUUAGAUGAUUCUAUGAAUGAAUGCAACAUUUUGUGUCUAUACAAGUUUAUAUAUUAAAGUUCGAAAAAACUCAAAUGUUUCAGUUACCGUAUUACUCUUAUUAUUAUUAUUAUUAUUAUUAAUGAACUUGGUUAGGCGAUGUGAGAGCGAGCGAAUGUGUGUGGAGAAGACGGAACGAGAUUGAGUGCGAGUUUUUCAUAUUAAGAAAAGUUAAGUAAGAAAGGAGACGUGAUUUAGAGAAAUAGGGGGAUAAGAGGAAGACGAACAAUUGGAGGUGGAGAUAGGUGAAAAGGAUUUACGAAGAUGUAGGAAAAAUCAGGAGAAAGGACUUAGUAGAGGUUAUUUCGAACAAAGAGGCGGGAGAAUCCGAAAAGGUCGAUAAGGAAGGCAAUUAAAAUUAACUACGGAUGAUAAGGAAAGUGGGAAAGGUGACUUUUAGGAUAAAAGACGGGAGGAAAAAAACGAAAGUAGAUAGAAGAGGAGGCGAGGAGACAACAUGAUUUGUAAAAAUAUAAAUGUAACAUAUAAAGAAAGUAUGUAAUAAAUAGUAAGGUACAUUGUGUAGGAUAAGGUAUUACGAAGCUAGUUAAGCUGUCGUAGUCACUAGUUGUGAGGUUAAGUUAGGAUUAAGAUAGUUUUUUAAGUAGGAUUAAAGCCUAUUCUACAAUAAGUUGCGAACGCUCCGUUGCUAAUUGCAAAGAAUGGCAACUAGCGCUAUUUCCGGAGACAACACACAGUCGCGGUUGCCAAACGAGAGUUGUCCAACUUUUAACUUCUUGGCGACGCGACAGCAACUGGCGAUCGUACCAUCUUAACCUAUAAAGCACUUAUUCCGACUAUUUUCUCAUUUCUGUAAACGCUUUAAAUAUUUCUUUCUAUUCUGCAACAUCUUGAACGUCUGGUGCUCAUAUAACUUGCCUAAACAAACUUUCAAAUUGCACCUCUCGAUAAUUUCGACAUUUAAAUGUGGAUUAGGCGUGGAAAUAAAUCAUAACUUGCGACACAACUAUAAGCCACUUCACGAUUUGCAACUAUGCGUUGCAACUCAUUGUAGACAAUGUAGACCAGCCUUAAAUGCGUGGUGGAGGUGAAAAGUAUGGAUGGAUAAAUAGGUUAAGCCUUUUUGUUUGUAAACCAAGGGCUUGUCACUUGGCCAUUGGCUUUGUAAGCUGAAACAAACAGAUUCUAUUUUAUUAUUAUUAUUAAUUAUUUGUAAAUUUAUAAAUAAGAAGCAUAAAAGAGAAAGUUAGUAAAAUGAACAAAGCAGUUA